CGGAAAAAUAGCGGCGGAUGACUGAAUGUCUGUAGGGUUGGACAGUCGCAAAGCUGCGUUGGACCUUUACGGCAAAAUGGAGAUAGUUCUUUGUGAUGAACAUAGAGGCCGGUGUUUACUGAAGACCGGAGUCCGAGAUGGCCCGAACAAGGGGAAGAGUUUCUACGUCUGCAGCGGUUCGCAGGGAAACCCGUGUGGGUUCAUUCAGCCGACUGAAAUUCCUCCCUCUCACUGUUUGCACCACGAUGAGGCUGCAGUGGAGCUCCAGGCCGUGGUGAUGUCUCAGGAGCCGCACAGCUACAGGCUGUUUUUCCGCUGUGUUGUGGGCAGGGGGGAGGGGAAGAAGUGGUGUGGCAGUGUCCCGUGGAAGAGGGUGGAGUUGAAGGAGAAUCUAUUAGACGGGGAGUCUCCACCCUCCAGACCCCCUCAGGAGAGGAACCCGUUUAAGGCCCCCAGCAAGACAGGGCAGCCCUCUGACUGGAGGAUCAUCCAGGAGGGAGGGAGCUCCAGAGCAGAGAGGGGAGAUAAGAGCAGGGGGGGAGGGGAGGAUGGAGGGUCUGAAAACAGAGUGAGAAAGAGUGAGAAAGAGAACGAGAGGCCUGAGACGGAGGGCAGGAGAGGAGAGCAGGAACGAGGGAGGGCAGAGGGGGGUGGAGGAGAGGAGAGAGGCGAGGGCAGAGAUAAAGGAAAGAGGGAGAGUGAGAGCAGAAAAGGAGCGAAGGAUGAUGCGGAGAGAGGCGAGGGCAGAGAGAGGAAGAGCAGGACUGAGAGAGAGAAAGGGCAGGUGGAGAGGGGGAAUGGGGACGGAGGAGAGGAUGGAGGGAGUGGGGAGUCAUGGAGGAGCAGAGAGCUUCCCGCUGGCAUGAGGGUGAAGAAGAGGGCGUCGGCCGAAGCGCAGGGCGGGGCGCAGGGCGGGGCACAGGGGAGCAGCACAGGAGAGAGGGAGAGGAGGCCCAGUGUCAGUGAGGAGGACACAGAACUGCAUGCUGGGAAGAGUAACACAGAGGAGAAAUGGCCUUCUAGGAAAAGUAGUAAAGAGAAAGAACGGCAUUCUGGGAAGAUUAAUACUGAGGAGAAAUGGCAUUCUGGGAAGAGCAGUAAAGAGGCAAAACAGCAUGCUGGGAAGUGCAGUAAAGAGGCAGAACAGCAUGCUGGGAAGAGCAGUAAAGAGGCAGAACAGCAUGCUGGGAAGUGCAGUAAAGAGCCAGAACGGCAUUCUGCGGAGAGCAGUACGGAGGCAGAACAGCAUUCUGGGAAAAGUAGUAAGGAGAGAGAACAGCAUUCUGGGAAAAGUAGUAGAGAGACAGAACAGCAUUCUGGGAAAGGUAGUAAGGAGAGAGAACAGCAUUCUGGGAAAAGUAGUAGAGAGACAGAACAGCAUUCUGGGAAAAGUAGUAAGGAGAGAGAACAGCAUUCUGGGAAAAGUAGUAAAGAGACAGAACAGCAUUCUGGGAAAAGUAGUCAAGAGACAGAACAGCAUUCUGGGAUAAGUAGUAAGGAGAGAGAACAGCAUUCUGGGAAAAGUAGUAAGGAGAGAGAACAGCAUUCUGGGAAAAGUAGUAGAGAGACAGAACAGCAUUCUGGGAAAGGUAGUAAGGAGAGAGAACAGCAUUCUGGGAAAAGUAGUAGAGAGACAGAACAGCAUUCUGGGAAAAGUAGUAAGGAGAGAGAACAGCAUUCUGGGAAAAGUAGUAAAGAGACAGAACAGCAUUCUGGGAAAAGUAGUCAAGAGACAGAACAGCAUUCUGGGAUAAGUAGUAAGGAGAGAGAACAGCAUUCUGGGAAAAGUACUAAAGAGAGAGAACGGCAUUCUGGGAAGAGCAGUACGGAGGCAGAACGGCAUGCUCAGAAGGACACAGUGGAGGAGGAUGAUGAUGAUGAUGAAGUGCAGCUGGUCUCGAUCCAGCCGGGGGCCAGGCAGACGCCCCCCCAGGUCUCAGCAGCCGUGCAGAAGCCCCUCACCUCCUUCCCUGGGUUCCAGAGGGGCCCCCACCCCCACGCUGACCCCCACGCCCUGCACAGCCAGCUCUCAGCACAGCUCAAACAGAAGAAGGCCACGCUGUCGGUGGUGAAUGUCUCUGCCCUGCCGGAUAAAGGGGAGCGGCUGCAGUCUCAGGUGAGGGAGCUGGAGGAGGCGCUGGAGUCCCUGAGCCUGACCCCCCCCGGGCCACACGCCCCCCCCUGCGGUUCAGAACCACAGGGUGUAGGCGGAGCCAAGCAGAGCCCCGCCUCCAGCCUGUCAAACCCUUUCUCUCGCCCCGGAGGCACCAUCCUGCUCCCAGGCCCCGCCCCCCUGCCAGCCCCGCCCGCCUCCCUCAGCCUGCAGAUGAGCCAUUAUGGAGGGGAGGCCCAGGCCCUGUAUGGGGGCAGGAUGACUGAAAGCCGGUUGCUGGUGGUGAAGAACGCCACGGCUGAGACCAUCGACCACCUGCACCACUCCCUGGAGUCCUGCCCUGCCCCGGACACUGAGGCCCCCGAACCCAAAGGCAUCAAGGUGCCGUUGCUCCUGCACCAGAAACACGCCCUGGCCUGGCUCCUCUGGAGAGAGACCCAGCGGCCCUGCGGGGGAAUUCUGGCGGAUGACAUGGGCCUGGGGAAGACUCUGACGGUGAUCGCCCUGAUUCUGGCGCAGAGGAAGAAGAAGGCUGAGGAAGAGGAGAAGAAAGCAGAGAAGGAGGAAGGCUGGAUCUCCAAAACUGACUCGGCCCGAGUUGCCUCCCAGGCGACCCUGGUGAUCUGCCCCGCCUCCCUGGUGCACCACUGGAAGAAGGAGAUCGAGCGACACGUGAAGAAGAGUCGCCUCACCGUAUACCUGUACCACGGGCCCAGCCGGCAGAGGAGUGCAAGCCUGCUGGCCGAACAUGACGUGGUGGUGACCACCUACAGCCUGGUCUCCAAGGAGAUCCCGGUGCAGAAGGAGGGCGCAGAGAAGCCCAGCCAGGACACCGAGGCGGCUCCAGACCUGUCCCCCCUGCUUCGUGUCUCCUGGGCCCGGCUGGUUCUGGACGAGGCCCACAACAUCAAGAACCCCAAAGUGCAGACGUCACAGGCCGUGUGCAGGCUGAGGGCUCGGGCCCGCUGGGCUGUCACCGGCACUCCCAUUCAGAACAACCUGCUGGACAUGUACUCACUGCUCAAGUUCCUCAGGUGUGCUCCCUUUGAUGAGUACAAGGUGUGGAAGGCGCAGGUGGACAACGGCUCGCGGAGAGGCGGGGAGAGACUCAACAUCCUGACCCGCACUCUCCUUCUCCGCAGGACCAAGGACCAGAUGGACUCCUCUGGAAAACCUCUGGUCUCUCUGCCUGACCGACGCUGUGAAGUCCACCGAAUCAAGCUGUCCAAAGACGAGAAGUCUGUUUACGACGUGGUUUUUGCGCAAUCCAGGUCGACUCUGCAGUCUUACCUCAACAGACACGAGGGCAACGCCACUGACCCCAGGAAGGGGAGCAAUGUGAACCCAUUUGAGAAAGUGGCACAGGAGUUUGGUGUGUCACAGUCAGACUCUCAGGCUCCUCAGGCCUCCAGUGCCGUGCACAUCCUGUCCCUCCUGCUCCGACUGAGACAGUGCUGCUGCCACCUGUCCCUGCUCAGCAAGACGCUGGACCAGGUGGAGCUGGAGGGAGAGGGGAUCUCUCUCUCUCUGGAGGAGCAGCUGAGCGCUCUGUGCCUCUCUGAGGCGUCGGGGUCCGACCCCGACCCCAAAGUCUCCCUGCACGGGUCACGCUUCCCCUCCGAGCUCUUCCAGGACACGCGCGAGAGCACCAAGAUUGCUGCUGUCCUCACCGAGCUGAAGGCUAUCGCCCAGGGGAGUGAUGCUCAGAAAAGUGUGAUCGUGUCUCAGUGGACCAGCAUGCUCCGGAUCGUGGGCGUUCACCUGGACCGGCUGGGCCUGAGAUUCGCCACCAUCGACGGCACGGUCAACCCCAAACGCCGUAUGGACCUGGUGGAGGAGUUCAACACCAACGCCAAAGGCCCUCAGGUAAUGCUGGUAUCUCUGUGUGCUGGAGGUGUGGGCAUUAACCUGACGGGGGGGAAUCACCUCUUCCUGUUGGACAUGCACUGGAAUCCAGCCCUGGAGGACCAGGCUUGUGACCGCAUCUACAGGGUGGGGCAGCACCGUGAUGUCACCAUCCACAGGUUUAUAUGUGAGGGUACGGUGGAGGACAAGAUCUCCUCUCUGCAGGAGAAGAAGAAGGAGCUGGCCACCACGGUGCUGUCCGGGACCGGGAACUCCGUCACCAAACUGUCUCUGGCCGACCUGCGGGUCAUCUUUGGCCUCUGAAUCCGGGGUCAGAGGUCGGAGGUGACGGCGGACAAGGACAGUAAAUGCUGGACACCUACUAUACCAUAAUGCACCACACUGCUAUACCACAUGGCUGCACCACACUGCUGCACCACACUGCAAUACCCUAAUACAACACACUGCUAUACCACAAUGCACCAUACUGCUAUGCCAUAAUAUACCACACUGCUGCACCAAUGCAAGCCUCAUAAGUACAUCCAGAAGUGAACUGAAACCUUCUCAUACGUGUAAGAGACAUGCUAUAGAAGUUAAUAAUUAUCUUAUGCAAAAUUCUACUUUUGGACAGAGUUGCUAUGUAUGUUCCAUAUGUUCCAUGUAUGCCUCAAGUACUACCUAUAAUUAAUUUCAAUAAAUGAAUGAAAGCACUAAUGCAGCGCUGCCCAACCCUGUUCCUGGAGAUCUCCUGUCCUGUAGGUUUUCAUUCCAACCCUAAAGCACACCUCAUUCAAUCACUAGAUAACUUGUUGAGCUGCUAAUUAGUAGAAUCAGGUGUGCCAAAUUAGCAUUGAAAUGAAAAUGUACAGGAUGGGAGUUCACCAGGAACGGUGUUGGGCAGCGCUGCAUGAGGGUUUAUAUGUGUAUGUAUGCAGACGUAUAUUUAUGUCAUUUUAGCCUUUAUGUGUGGCCAGGUGUCCUAUAAGAAGCAGGGCAUUGUGGGUGAUGUAGUCUUCAGCUCUGGAGUUGGAGAUCACCAUGCUGUUUUCUUUUAGAAAAUUCUGUUAUUUGAAAUAAAAUUACUGUA